AUCCUCACAACUAUCUCCUCAGAAGUAACCACCUUCUAGCGUCAGCAAAGGGCGGGAUUCUUCACUAAAACACUGCUGAUGCAUCUGCUCGAGCACAGUUGGCGAAGACAGCUGUGAGCUGAGAAUCUGCACGAGACGACAGUGUAGUAAACAGGAUGAGGAAAGUAGUCCAGUUGUUUGGUUUAUGGAGUCUUCUCUCCCUCUCGCAUUCUCAAUUGACAGAUGCAGUGGAUCCUGAAGGUGAGGAAGAGGUGGUUGACCUUUUUACCACGCCACGCACCAAGCUGGCUGCCGCAACCUCUGAUUUUGGCUACAACCUGUUCCGUCAACUGGCAGCACGCGACCCCAAGGCCAGCGUCUUCCUGUCUCCCAUGAGUAUCUCAGCAUCAUUCACACAGCUUUCAAUGGGGGCAUCUGAACGGGCAGAGAAACAGAUUUACAGGGCCCUACGCUAUCACACCCUGCAAGACAGUCAGCUCCAUGACACCCUGAGAGACCUUCUUUCCUCACUCAGGGCAUCUGCCAAGGGCUUCAAGUCAGCAGAACGGAUCCUUUUGGCUAGAAAACUACGUCUCAGGCUGGAAUACCUCAACAGUGUAGAGAAGCAAUAUGGAGUCCGGCCUCAAACUCUUGCCGGUGGACCACGGGACCUCAAGACUGUUAAUGAUUGGUUUAAACAGCAGACUGGUGGAAAAGUGGAUCAAGUUGUUCCUUCCCCUCUUUCUCGAAACACAGCUGUGCUGCCUGUAGGAGCAGCCUUCUUCAAGGGUAAAUGGAUAACUAGGUUCAGCAAAGCUAAUAAGAUGGAGGACUUCCAGAGAGAUGGAGAAGCACCAACUCUCAUUCCCAUGAUGGAGCAGGAGAAUUACCCUGUGAAGAUGGGUAUUGACCCUGACCUUGGCUGCACGAUAGCCCAGGUUCCUAUGGAGGACGGAGUGAGCAUGUAUUUCUUCUUGCCCGAUGAGGUGACUCAGAAUCUGACUCUAAUAGAGGAAGCACUUACAGCUGAAUUUGUCCAGGACCUCUCCAAUACGCUCCAUGCAGUACAGGUGUUGCUUACACUUCCUGUUAUCAACCUCAGCUAUGGAACAGACCUGCUGCCUUCCCUCUCUGACCUGGGUCUGUCUGAAUGGUUGGCAGAGACAGACCUUAUCAAAAUCACCAGUCAGCCUGUCAAGUUAAAUGGCGUCCAUCAUAAGGUUGUCAUGGAGAUGGCUCCAGAGGGUGCAGAGUAUGCCAGCACCACACCCACUGCUAAAGGCCAAUCGCUGGCUCUAACGUACCGCGUGGACCGGCCUUUCCUCUUUCUAGUCAGGGAUGAGCCAUCAGGGGCACUUCUCUUCAUUGGGAAAGUGCUGAACCCAAGUGACCUGAAAAGGGUAUGAGACAGAAACACAUACAUUCACAAAUACAAACAAAUGAGAGACCAGUGACUUUAUAUGAGCUCAUUUUAAGCCCAAGUCUAUUAAUGAAAAAUAAAUAUUACACAUCUUCAUUUACAUGGCCAUUUAGAGCAAAACCAUCAGAGCCCAUCGACAUUUUCAGCAUGCUUAUGCAAUAUAAACUCAAAUAUUAGUAUAUGUACACAUUCAGUCAAGCUAUACUUAUGAUAAUAAAGUCUGCUUGUGCUUUUCAUUAAGGAUUUUUUUAUGGAUUGACUCAGAUGUUCUGGAUCUUAGCCAUGCAAUCUAAAUUAGUUUUGACGCAUAAUAACUUGACGCUCAUAAAUCUGACUAACUUUUCACAUGUUUGCAAAAAAAUCCCUUGGGUAUUAACAGCUGCUAUAUUAUGAAAUUGAGUAUGCAUCUCAAAAGCAUGUUGUAAUGGCAAUCAUCUUUUUUUUAUAACAUUUUAUUUGAGUGUUUGAUACAUUUGCCUUAUGACUUUAAUUAGCAGUAUCUCAGCAAUGUUCCCAUAUGUACAUUUACCACCAGCAAGAUUGUUCUCAGUGUGUAUAUUAAUGUCGCCUAAAAUAAAAAAGUAAAAAAGUGUUCUUGUCCCUUGAAUUUUAUUCAAAUGCUUAAACAACUGAAUUAUUAAAGACAUUUAUUAGUAAAAAUUGCAAACACUGUUUCUUUGUACCUGUUUGGUUUGAAUUUUUAUUUAUAAUCAUGCUUUAAGUUCAGCUUUUUUUAGUUUGUGUGAGCAUUCAAACCACUGUAGGCAAGGCCAAUAAACUUUACUGUAGCAGCUGACUCCCUCCCCAUAUUUUCAAUGUGGCCACUGCUGGCAUGACAACCUUUAUUACAGAUAAUCUAUGUUCUUCACACCCAAAAGAUGUUGUACUGUAAUUGGAAAUACUGCAAGAGGAACUUACUGAAUUGCAGCUGUCAAAAAGAAGAGACGAAUUCCAAUAGUGCAAUAUAACAUUUUUUUCCCCAAUAUAAUUCACGCAAAAAACAUGAUGCACACAUGCAUAGCCAAUUUUACAUGCAUGAAACCUAAUUCACGUGCACAAAAAACAAUUCACGUGCGC